ACCAGCGAGUGAGUGAGGUCGAGGGAAGGAAGAAAGAAUGUUCCCUUGGGUGAAACUUGUUCUUCACCUGCCGCUGGAGGAGUUACCCGCCAUGACUCACUAGCUCAGCCGCUGGAGGAGUUACCCGCCAUGACUCACUAGCUCAGCCCAGGGAGGAGACACUCUACCAGCCGCCAUGGAGGAGGAACAACUUGACCCGAGGGUACAGAUUGAGCUGGAGAAGCUUAACACUGCGACUGAUGACAUCAAUAAGCUGGAGGCCAAGUUAGAGGAAGCCAAUAAUGUGUUCCGAGCAACUCUCAGCGAAUCCACGGCCCGCCUCAAGGCCAUGGCCAAGAAACUGGGCGGCUGUAUCGAGAAGGCCCGGCCAUAUUACGAGGCUCGAGAGUUGGCCAGAACGUCCCAGCUGGACUGUCAGAGGGCCGCCGUCCAGUACCAGAGAGCUAAUGCCCUACACCAGGCGGCCAAGGAAACGAUCGCUCUGGCUGAGGAGAGAUUCGUUAACUGCCGACACCAACACUGGCAGUUUGACUCGGCUUGGCAGGAGAUGCUUAACCAUGCUACUAUUAAGGUGAUGGAAGCGGAGGCACAGAAGGCUGCCAGUGAGAGGGAACACAUGCGUCGAGCCUCGGUGUUCCAGCAGGCGGAACAACGCGUCCAGCAGCUACAGCGCGGCCUGAGGUCCUCUAUCAACAAGUCGCUGGUUUACUUCGACGAGAAAAAUAACAUCCAGUCGCAGUUAGAGAAUCAGAAGGAUAAAGUUCAACAGUUACAGCGAGCUAUCUCUGCCUCCAAGACGUCUUACGCCCAAUCGUUGAGGAGCCUCGAGCAGAUUUCCGAAGAGAUUCAUCAACAGCGGAGGUGCCGUCUGCCGAGGGAGCCGGGCGUAGGGGCUGAGCUGACGCCACCAGAGGCCGUCGAGACCCUCUUGAGUGCCCACCAUGGUGCCAGGCCCUUUGUCCCUCUAGAGGAGAUGACCGCACAGGAGGAGAAGUACUGGGAAACAUUACGUGAAAAACUGGAGAAACUUCAAGUAAGUAACCCGGAUGUCAUGCCAUCGGCCGAGGGGGAGGAGGACGAAUCUUUGUCCCUCUGUGCCUCUCCUGACGGCCGGGAGAGAACGGUGACGGGCAGCAGCAGCGGCGGUGACCUAGACAGGGUGGUCAGCGGGGAGAGCUGUCCCGAGUCAGAGAGCGACGAGGUCCACAGUCCGGGAGAGAGGACGGUAAUAUCCCUCGACGACGUCUUGAUUCACGUUCCCCUCGACGUCGACCGGGAGACGAUGCCAGGAGCCGUCGACCUCGAUAACGUCUUGACUCGCGUUCCCGUCGACGUAAACAUCGCCCGGGAGACACCGAUAUAUCUCCACCGCGACGACAGUACAAAUACGUCCGGGAGUGUUUAUCAGCGGCCGCCACAGCCUCGGAGAACUCCAGUGGGGUGUGAUGGGUCGGUGAAGCGAGGGGAGGUGAACAGUGAAGCCGUGAGAACUAUGGCCCCUAUUAUGAGCAACGAGGUGAUUAAUGGCUCGUUAGCUCCUGUUUUGAGUAAUGAGGUGAUUAAUGGCUCGUUAGCUCCUGUAAUGAGUAACGAGGUGAUUAAUGGCUCGUUAGCUCCUGUUUUGAGUAAUGAGGUGAUUAAUGGCUCGUUAGCUCCUGUAAUGAGUAACGAGGUGAUUAAUGGGUCGUUAGCUCCUGUAAUGAAUAAUGAAUUAGGUGAUAGUUACAAAAACAAGAAUGAAAUGAGUGAUAACAGACUGAGAAACACGGAUAACGACCUCAGACUGAACGCAACUGCUCGUUUGGACGGCUGGAACGGUAACGAUGGGGUUAUAGACACGGGUGGACCGAACGACCAUGGUAAUGACCGCGUAGACGAUGAUAAUGAUGAUGGUAAUGUUGAUAAUGAUGAUGGUAAUGUUGAUAAUGAUGAUGGUAAUGAUGAUGGUAGUGAUGAUGGUAGUGAUGGUAGUGAUGAUGGUAGUGCCCCAGAAGGUGGUUCUUCCCUCUCUAGGCCUCCUGCUAUGUGCCAGCCUAGUAGAGCAUUGAACGUUAUACCUGAAGCUGUGGAGACUACUUAGGGCCCUCUCGGUCACUCCUGGGCCCUCAUUGUCACUCCUGGGCCCCUUAAUGUACCUCACAGGCCCCUAAACAUAAACUGUUUAUACAGGGGGUAAAUUAAUAUCUUUUCAUUUAUUGUUAUCUAAUCAGUGUCAGCAGGCAGGAGGUACUGUCAGCUGUCAGGAGUUAGUGUCAGCAGUCAGGAGGUACCAUCAGCUGUCAGUAGGCAGGAGGUACCAUCAGCUGUCAGGAGUCAGUGUCACCAGUCAGGAGGUACCAUCAGCUGUCAGCAGUCAGGAGGUACCAUCAGCUGUCAGCAGUCAGGAGGUACCAUCAGCUGUCAGGAGCCAGUGUCAGCAGUCAGGAGGUACUGUCUUGAACCAGGUGUAAUUCGUUCACAGGAAAGAUUUCAAAGUUAAAGUUAAAUUUUUGAUAAUUAUUUUUGUAUUGACACAUAAUGUAUGUUAUUUUGUGAAGCUGGUGGUCGAUUAUGGCUCUUAAUUCUAGCAGUCAUAACUGGCUCUAUCAUGGCUCUUAAUCCUAGCAGUCAUAACUGGCUCUAUCAUGGCUCUUAAUCCUAGCAGUCAUAACUGGCUCUAUCAUGGCUCUUAAUCCAAGCAGUCAUAACUGGCUCUAUCAUGGCUCUUAAUCCUAGCAGUCAUAACUGGCUCUAUCAUGGCUCUUAAUCCUAGCAGUUACCAUCCAUAGUCAGUCCUAGCAGUUCAGCAACACUUAUCUAUGAGGAUUUUAAACCCAUAAGCUAAAUCCUUUUUAUGGGGUCAGGUUAGGUUAGUUUAAGCCAGGUUAGGUUAGAGAUGAGUCAAGCUAGAUUAGUUUAGGUUAGAGUUAGGUUGGGUUAGAGAUGAGUCAAGAUAGAUUAGGUUAGGUUAGAGUUAGGUUGGGUUAAAUCAGCCCAGGUUAGGUUGUUGAGUCAAGCUAGAUUAGGUUAGAGUUAGGUUAGUGUUAGGUUGGGUUAGAUCAGCCCAGGUUAAAUUAGAGUCAGGUCAAGCUAGAUUAGUUUAGGUUAGAGUUAGGUUGGGUUACGUUGGUAUAUGCUAGGACCACACUGCCCUGCCUCUAGUGCUAUACCUUACACCACAACACCGCUGAUAUAAACAUUACAAUAUUUUGCUUUCGGUGUUCCCGCAGACGUUCACCAGCCCUGUGUUGUGGGGUCAACUUCGUGCAGCUCAGUGGUAUGGGGUCAAUAAUGAACACAGAACAGGAGAACUUUGAACAAUAACUUGAGUUGAACUAAUUAUAGAGAUCAAUUGAAAUAAAAUAUUAUUCAAGUGUGUUUA